AAAACACUGACAGGAACCAGGGACAAAACAGACCCACCUUCAACACAUCAGGGAAGAGUAUAGGCUAUCUCACAGUCUGGACAGUAAAAUAUAUACAAUUACUCAUAAGGUUGAAGGUUGAAGCAUGACUCUGACAGUGUCUCAAGGUGAGGUUUUGAUGGUCAUCACUGCCACCUCAAACCCAAAGAGCAGAUGGCCCCUACUGUGUCACAUUCUGAGUUCUCUGUGCUACGGUCCAGUGUGUUUUGCAUCUCAGGAAAUGGAAGAGAAGCUGACAGAUACCCAGAGAGUAAUUGGAAGUCUACAGAUAGUAAUUGCAGUCAUGAAUCUUGUGUUGGGACUUUUUGGCAUCAUCUUCUUUAUUGUUAACAAUUCGCCCAGCAGUAUUGUGAUGCCAGUUCUUCAGCUCUGUGUGGCUCUCAGUUUCUGUGUUUUAACCAUAAAAUCUUUGUUCAAGAAGGGUGGGAGGGCAAAGUUGGUGGAGAACACAACUUCAGAAUCUAGAAUUGGAAAAAGCAAAUAUUCACUUCCGUUUGGUCACAGUUGUGGCAUGACUCUUGCAUUGACUCAGAUAGUGGUUGGUGUCAUGAAUAUCACGAUGGGUUGUUUCGGCUUCGUCUUUGCUUUUUGGAUCGACGGUGUGGUAAGAGUUGUUAAACAUUCUCAUCAUCAUUAUUAUGUUUCUAAAUGAGUUCAUGCAGUACGAUGAGUGAGUGCAUUUAAAAAGUGAAUUAUUUAUGACAUUGCUCUGAUUUGGAGAACACUCUACAUUAAUGUCUUUAUUUUUGUAUUUUCAAAUGUUCUAUGAUUUAUCAAAAUCCUAAUUAAUAAUAAAGUGAAAUCUGGUGAUUUGUAUAUACACUUUCAAUCUGAAGAAGCAUGUUCGCAUGGAAUAGUGUUUUUAUUUGUUUGAUUUGCCUUUUAGUUCCUUGUUGUUGGAAUUUUGUGUGUUCUUGCAGUGACAUUUCCCCAUCCCAGGCUGCUGGUCAUCACAGUGGCUCUGAAUGUGGUCAGUGCUGCUCUGGCUAUCACAGCUGCUGUGCUGUAUUGAAUGGACCUGGCAAUGGGAAGCAG